CUUACGUCACUGCGCAUUAUGCCAACAAACCAUCUGUCAAAAAAUGGGAAAUUCUGACACAAAACUGAAUUUUAGGAAAGCUGUUAUUCAGCUGACGACAAAAACACAGCCUAUUGAAGCUAGUGACGAGGCAUUCUGGGAGCAGUUCUGGUCAGAAUGCGUCACCUGUGUGCAAGAUGUAUUCACGCUUAUACCGGCUGCCGAGAUACGAGCAUUACGGGAGGAAUCUCCAUCCAAUUUAGCCACCCUCUGUUACAAGGCUGUGGAGAAACUGGUCUCUGCAGCAGAGAGUGGCUGUCCUUCGCAGCGUGAACAACAAAUAGUGCUUAAUUGCAUUCGCCUUUUGACACGCGUGUUGCCCUAUAUCUUUGAGGAUCCAGACUGGCGGGGAUUUUUCUGGUCGACACUGCCUGGACAAGGAGAAGAAGCAGAAAAUGACAGUCCACCCUUGGCACAAACCUUGCUGAAUGCAUUGUGUGAUUUGCUGUUUUGCCCGGAGUUCACGGUGGCAUCGAGCAGAAAAUCUGGUCCGGACAACCCAGAGGACAUGGCCUCGAUCGACAGCUGCGAGUAUAUUUGGGAGUCCGGAGUGGGCUUUGCUCAUUCCCCCACCCACAACGUGAACCAUGACACCAACCGCAGUGAAAUAAUCAAACUUCUCCUCACAUGCUUCUCAGAAACCAUGUACCUGCCCCCAAUAGCUGAUGCCCACAGUAGCCCAAACCAGUGGAUUCAUUUCUUCACAUCUACAGAAAACAGGCACGCUUUGCCAUUGUUCACAUCUCUCCUGAAUGUUGUAUGUGCAUACGACCCUGUGGGUUACGGCUUGCCCUACAAUCACCUCAUGUUCACUGACUCCCGAGAGGCACUUGUGGAAUCGGCUUUACAGGUGCUCUGUGUCACCAUGGAGAAUGAAUCGACCAAUCAGAAUGUGUCUGUUGAUGGCACUGCCGGGGGGACUGCCAUGGAACCUCAGACUGAGGCUGGUGGUCCGGACAACUUAUUUGUGAACUACCUGUCUAGAAUCCACAGAGAGGAGGACUUUUACUUUAUCCUGAAAGGCAUUACCCGCCUGUUAAACAACCCUCUGAUGCAGACUUACCUGCCUGGAUCCACAAAGAAGAUCCAGUUUCACCAGGAAUUACUUGUGCUCUUCUGGAAAAUGUGCGACAUAAAUAAGAAGUUCAUGUUUUAUGUUCUGAAGAGCAGCGAUGUUCUGGACAUUCUAGUUCCCAUUCUGUAUUACCUGAAUGACGCCCGGGCCGACCAGUCGAGGGUUGGACUUAUGCAUAUUGGUGUGUUCAUACUGCUGUUACUGAGUGGGGAGCGUAACUUUGGUGUUCGUCUAAACAAGCCAUACACAGUCCGGGUUCCCAUGGAUAUUCCCGUGUUCACAGGCACGCAUGCCGAUUUUCUCAUUAUUGUGUUCCAUAAGAUCAUCACGACUGGUCACCAAAGACUCCAGCCACUGUUUGACUGUCUACUCACUAUCGUUGUAAACGUGUCCCCUUACCUGAAAACACUCUCCAUGGUGGCCAGUACCAAACUACUGCAUUUACUCGAGGCAUUCAGCACCCCUUGGUUCCUGUACGCAAGCCCGACCAACCACCAUCUUGUUUUCUUCCUCCUUGAGGUCUUCAACAAUAUCAUUCAGUACCAGUUUGAUGGUAACUGUAAUCUUGUGUACACGAUUAUACGGAAGCGCCAGGUGUUCCAUCAGUUGGCCAACCUCCCGACUGACCAUUCCUCUAUAGCCAAGGCUCUGACAAAGAGAGGCAAGAAACUCACACAGCCACUCACUCCAACUGACCACACGGAGCCCCAGACAAUGGAUGGAGCCCUGCCGGCUGCAGAGGCAGAGCCGGGGACCCUAAAAGUCUCACUGGCAGCCACACCCCUGAGCAUCGGCCUUGAGCAUGAUUUAUCGCGUGCUGAUCACGGUACUGCAGUGUAUAAUGGUAGACCGCUUUUCAAGCUAGAUAUUUACGAAGUUUCCCCCACACCAACUGUGCACACCACAAAAUCAAAAAAACGUCUUGAAAAGAUGACAGAACACACAGCGCCGGACGAGGUCCACAAAGAAGCUUUGCAGGAGCUGGCGACAAGCACGGGCACCAUGUCCAUUCAGCCACGGAAUGAGAUAGAGGACCCCAUGGCCCCUCAGGGUUCUCCUACCAAGCCCGAGCCCAAAGUUUUCAAGUCCCCAAGCACUGAGACGCCCCCUGCCACACCCACAACCCCAACUGAUCCUGGAAAAGCCCCACUUAAACGUGCGGGCUCCAAUGCGAGUGCUGGAGGGGGCUGGGUAGCCUCCCCAGAGUGGGUACACACAUGGAAGCAUAAACUUCCCCUACAGACAAUCAUGAGGAUGUUGCAGGUUCUGGUGCCGCAGGUCGAGAAAAUCUGUAUUGACAAGGGUCUAACAGACGAGAGCGAGAUUCUGAAGUUCCUUCAGCAUGGUACCCUGGUUGGGCUUCUGCCCGUCCCACACCCGAUAUUGAUCCGGAAAUACCAGGCCAACAGCGGCACAACAAUGUGGUUCCGAACGUACCUGUGGGGCGUCAUCUAUCUCAGAAAUGUGGAUCCCCCAAUAUGGUAUGAUACAAACGUGAAGCUGUUCGAGAUACAGAGGGUUUAGACCACUGAAUGGACCGUUUGUAAAACAGAGCAAGGAAGGGAGAAGCUUUUAUUCAGAUUUGAAGCUGUUCCAGAGUUUAUACAGCUAGCAAGACUGUGAAAUAAAAUUGGUAAUAAAAGGAAGAACAAGAUGACAACAUUGGACACUGAACAAAAUAUUAACUCUGAAAGACUUAAUGAAGAAAUAUUAUGAAUUUCUAGUAGUAUUAUAUACUAAGUUGACUGUACAUAUUGAAACAUACCAUUUCUUACAAAACUUUUGAAAGGAUUUUAAACAGUUAUUCUGAAACUUGUCACAUGUUUAAAAACAUUUUCCAUUAUAUUACACAAUCAUUAAUAUUUUAAUUGAAUGAAGUGAACAAUCAUUGUUGUUUAUCAAAUAUUUGUUGAUCAUUUUUUAAACCUGAUUCGUUAUAUGCAGUUACUUUUUUUUGCUAGUAUGUAAUUCAGGUGAUUAUAAAUUAAUUGCGAGAUUUUCCAUCCCUGUCCACCCUCUCUUUUUUCUGCGGCCCUUUAGUUUUAUUUACUCCAAUAAAAAUGAUAAACUGGGUAUAAACUGAUAAAAUGAUAUUUGUGUAUCGGUCCGGUACUGUCGGGGAACAGCGUUUAUUUAUUGAUUUACGUUGUUGAUGUAAACAUUCACAUGUAAAAAAAAAACAUUGUUACGAUGGUGUUCAUUGUUCGUCUAAUAACACAUAUAGAUGAUCCCUUAUGCAAUAAGAAAGAGAUGAUCACAAAUUCAAUAGUGAAAUGGUCAUCUAAGAAAAAAAUUAAAAACUGUUAUCCCUGCCCAAUUUGAAAAAAAAAUGGAUGAAAAUCUAGCAAUUAAUUGACAUUUGCCAUAUGUAUGCAUUCGAGCAGGUAACUUUUGAUGUUAACUUGUUUAAUCAUAGUUUUAUCGUGGGAAUAUUGACAUUUAUUGUUGAAUGAUACAAAUAUAUAUGUAUAUAUAUAGAUCCUAUGGAUGAAAUCCAAUAACUUACAUGUAUUAUGUUUAAAUGAUGGAUGUUGUGAUCAGAACAUGUAAUCUAGAUGGGUAUAAAUGAAUCUGAUUAUUUUGUUUUUAUGUUUGAAUUUAUUUUACUUUAUUAUGUCAAUCAGGGCCCUGUUUCAAUAAGAUAUCUUAGUCGAAAACCUUACGCUUCUUAAGAGUACUCAUUGCUUACGAGAGCUCGAGGGCACCCUUAAUGCUACACCAUCACAGAUUGACCAUUUGGAAACUUUUUAUUUUGUCUCGUAAUGAUUGUGCCAAUUUUGGGUAAAUAUCUGAAAUCCGGUGAAAUAACACUGCUGACAAAAGCUAAGAUCGCAGUUUUCAUAUUAACGUUUGAAAAUUGAGGAUUUAUGACUUAAAGCGUUCCUAACACUUUCAGAAAAAUGCAGAAAACAUCAAUUUUUGAUCAGAAAAAUUAUUAAACCCUGAUUUUUUGUCAGCAGUCUUAUAUGACUGGUUUCCAGGUAAUUUCGCAAAAACUGGCUUGUUCCAAGAAAAAGAAAAAGUUGUCAAAACAUUUAAUCUGCGAGAUCGCAGCUUUAAGGGCUUGACUAAAGCUUACAAUCUUGAUUGAAAUGGGGCCUAGGGGUAUAAUGUAGCCCAAGAGGUCAAAAUUUGUGUCAUAAGAUCAAUAUUUAUGUUGUUCAUACAAGAAAAUCACCUUUAUUUUGAAGGGGCUACUUCUUUCAAAGUUGUGUAUUAUGUGAUAUUUACAUUUUUCAAUCAUGUAGAAUUCCAUUAUCCUUCAUGCAUGUAGUCAACACAUUGAUUACAAGCACAUGUACAUUUCAAGGAACUUACGCAAAUUAUCACAAACUGAACAUUGAAAAUUACUGAACUUGUACAUAAAUGAUGCAAAAGUGUUGAAUGUGGAAUAUCUCAUGAGAAUUCAUGAUUUAUUGUGGGUUUUUAGUCAAAGUUGAGCUUGUUUUAUGACUUUAUCUAAUGUAGCAUAAAGUGAUUCGAGUGUGUUUUUUCAAAAGAAUACAUGUUUAUGACUGAAAAGUUACAAUUUAUUUAUUAAUGCAAUUACAUCAGGUUUUUUGUGUUUAAAUAAUGAAUAUUAUUGUAGAAUGUAUGGUUGCUUGUUAAUUGUUAUGCUUUUUCAUUUACCCUAUUUUCUUGUUUUACAUAAUUUAAAAUGUGUUCACACUUUUUUUAUCAACUACUGUAUAAUUCAUUCCAUUAUUCAAUUUAACAUUCCUUACAGUUUCUCCAGAAUUUCUAACAUUGUCACCAGAAACAUGAAAUCCCGUUUUAAUACCAAAGCAUUAUUACACUGUAUGACUUGUUACUUUAUCUUUCAAAGAUGGAUAACAAAUAAGUCAGCUUCAAAUAAGGACUGAGUAAUAUAUAGAUGACAUGAAGUAAAUUCUUAAUGAUUAAGAAUGGGCAGAGUGAGCGUACUAAUCGAGCCCUUCUUAAUUAUUUAGAUAUUACUUCAGGUCAUCUAAUUGACUAGAAUACAACCUUAUUGGCUGAUACAGGAUGAGUGGCUGUAGGCAGACCUUUAAACUCCCACAAAAGUUGAAAUUCUUUAUAAUUAAAUCUAGUACUUAAUGAUUGACUAUCUGCAAUUUCAUUGGUUGAAAAUGUAGGUUGUAUUCUAAUUCCAAGUUAUAACCUUUUUUUGGUCAAAAUUAUGCUGUAGUUUUUCAGUUUAAAGUUUUUUGUCUAAAAUUAACUUACUGCAGUUAAUUGAAUGCUUACAAAAGAUAUUAUAUUCCUAUCUAAUAAAUUAACAAUGUUUUCACAAGUGCAAUAUUUCUUGUUUAGUUGUUGUGUUUUGGUUGUAAAGAUAUUUUUUGUUGUUUAUGCUCCGAUUCUUUUAAAUUUACUUUUCAAUUCUUACACCUUAUAGGAAAAUGAUCUGUAAAAGUGCAAAAAAGAAUUCUUGUUGAAAUUAUUUAGCAGCUUUCUUACAUUAAAAUGUAUGGUAACUAGAAAAAAACAAACAUGAGUUCAACAUUUGAGCUUGUCCUUUUCUCAAAGAAAAACGUUUUGAGUAUUAUCAUAGCCAUGGUGUCAUCUAAAGCAACAGUGUUAUCAUACAGAGCUUAACCAUUGGCCAUUACUCAAGCUAUUCAAAUGAAACUUGGUACACAUGUUGCUACAGACAAUAGGCACAUUUAAAACAAGGCCCAUUACUCUGAUUUUAAUAAUUGUAAAAUAAUGCACCUUGUUCUACUGAUAAAACAGCAUCAGAACAGCAUUGGCAUUUUCUCCGCGGCAUUCUUUUUAUUUUUUAUGUUCUUAAUAAAAAGAAAUCUCUGGUUUAAAAAGUUAUCACUGUUGGUUUUCAUAGCAUUUAUCUUGUAUUUUCUAUAGUAGAAUCAUUGUUAGUGAUUAUAUAUUGUAAUAUAUGGUCAGAAAUGUGUACACUGUUCAUGGGCAAUAAAAUUAUA